AUGUUUUUAAAACGUUUUAUGGUUUUUUUCGCAAAUUUGCUUCGAUUAGAAACUGCAAAAUCUCUAAAAUAACUGUCUAUAUGGGACUAUGACAUUGGAUCUUGAACACUAUUGUCUCACUGAGACGUUUCCAAAGAUAUAUUAUGUUCCUAAUUUCAUAACUGAAGAGGAAGAAAAUUUUCUGUGCAAACAGGUUUAUGCUGCUCCAAAGCCCAAAUGGACUCAACUGUCCAACAGAAGACUCCAAAACUGGGGUGGUCUACCUCAUCCAAAAGGAAUGAUUCCAGAAAAGUUGCCUUCGUGGUUGUCGUGUCAUGCAGAAAAAUUGGCGUCACUUGGCGUAUUUGGGAAUCACAUCCCCAACCAUGUAUUGGUCAAUGAAUAUACCUCUGGCCAAGGAAUCAUGCCCCAUGUGGAUGGUCCAUUAUUCUAUCCUGUGGUAACCACAAUUAACCUCAAAUCCCACACAUUAUUGGAUUUUUAUCACCCUGUGGAUGAGAAAUCUCCAAAUGAAACUGACAAAAACGACCAGCAAGACAACAGCUCAUUGGAAGAACGUCAUUUUAUGUCUCUGUUACUGGAACCAAGGAGUUUGAACAUUUUAACAGAAGAAAUGUACACAAAAUAUCUUCACGGUAUUGACGAGCGGAAUGUUGAUAUUUUAGAUGAUAAAAUUAUAAACCUGGAUUCAUGUUCCAGUAUCAAUGAGAACAACAGAUCAGUGUCGCGAGGUACACGGGUCUCCCUAACAAUACGUUAUGUUCCUAAAGUUUUGAAUGUCAAAUUAAAAUUUGGAAGAAAAUAAGGGACACUGAUUACUACGCGAUAAUUGAUCAGUGGACAAUCCCUAACAGCACAGAGUUGGUAAAAGUCUUCAACCUUCCUCCGAGAGGAUUUCAAUCUUCGUGAGAAGAUCUUCUUGAGAUGAUGCAAUACCAUUGCCCUUAAUAUCGUUUUGCAAAUGAGCUGGAAAAUCUUUCUCAGUAACUCAGUUACAAAAUAUUAGUUUAACUAAUUAAUUUCGCUUACAUUAUACUCAGACUAUUGACCACCACGGCUUUAGUCUAAACCAUUACUAAUUUGCUGUGAUUAACUGUUCAUGUCGGCAGUUGGUACAUAGACAUG